AACCAUCAGAAUAAUCAAGUUUCUGGUUUAUUACUACUUUUAACUAUUCCAAGAGCUUUGGUUUGCUUACAACAACAUCUGUUGUUGUUAAAGUCUAGAUGGUCGACUUACAUUCUUAGUCCCUGAGGGGAGGGCUACCGGUAUUGAUUAUUGUUGUUGUCGUACUAACCCGCAAUGAGGUAACGAGCGUAGAACAUGAAAAGAAAACAGAAGUCCAGCAGCGGCAGCCGACGACUCUCCCAUUAGAUUUAUAAAGAAGAUAGCAUUUAUAUUUGGUGUGACGAAGAAACAACAAUAGAAUAUUGUUUCGACAAAGAACCAAUUGUUAUGCGAUAUAUUAAAACUGAACCGUACUAUGAGGGUCUACCGCCGUUCAAUGUAUCCGGCAGUCCAUUUAAUGUGGUACCUAUACACACUUAUCCCGAGCUAAUGCCGGCCACAUGUAAGCUAAUCAAUGCAGAAUGGCCACGUAGCGAAACUGCACGUAUGCGCUCAUUAGAAGCAUCCUGUGAUACACUGCCUUGCAGCCUAGUUCUAACUACAGAUGGCAUGAGUCGUGUUAUUGCCCAUUGCAAACUCAGUCCCAUUUCAUCAAAGAAGAAAGCAUGCUUUGUUGAAUCGGUAGUGGUUGAUAAAACAGUUCGUGGUCAAGGCUUUGGCAAAUUGAUGAUGAAAUUUGCAGAGGACUAUUGUCGCAUUAUAUUAAACUUACAAACGAUUUAUCUAUCGACAAUUGAUCAGGAGGGAUUUUAUGAACGCAUUGGUUAUGAAUAUUGUGCGCCAAUAUCUAUGUACGGACCACGUCAUUGUGAACUGCCUAGUCUAAAUAAUGCCAGAAAGAAGUAUAUGAUGAAGGUUUUAUAGAAUUAUGAUGCUUACAAACACUACAGCUAGAAAAAAUUUUACAAAAAUUUUUAGUAUAUAAAGAUUAUAAAGAUUAGUUCAACAAAUGCAACUUAAGCAAAUUUUAAGACUAAAAAUUUUUCUGCAACAUAAUUGUGAAUGCAGCUAUUGUUAUAAAUAAAAUUGUUAGUUUAUAUAUUUGUAAAA